AUGUCGCGCCAUCCCAGCGCUGAGCCGAGCAGAGCGAGAAGCCGGAGCCGAGUUCGGUCCCAGAGCAGAGCACUUUCCAUUCGCGAACCACAGCGCGGUCGGCCCGGCAAGAGGAUUGUCCUGUGUGAAGAUGGAUCCUGGCUCAACUCUGACAGUGGCAGCCUAAAGGCAUCCCUCGACAUUCCCAGCAACGUCACGCGCAUAGCACGCGCCAUAAAACCACUCAGCUCAGAUGGUAUACCGCAGAUCGUCUACUAUCACUGGGGAGUCGGUGGCGGAGGUGGCAUCGGCAACAAGAUCCUAGGCAUCUCAGGUCAAGGUCUCGAAGAAAUCGUUCGCGAAGGCUACCUAUUCAUCGCAACCAACUAUGUCCCCGGCGACGAAAUCUUCGUCUUCGGUUUCAGUCGCGGCGCCUUCAGUGCACGAAGUAUAGCUGCGUUCAUUGGCGAGAUUGGAGUUCUGACUGGAGAGGGCGUACCAUAUCUGGCCGAGAUUUAUCGCGAUGUCAAGCAUCGACAUAACGACAACUAUGUACCGAAGAACCCGGAUGUCCCCUUUCCCGACAAGCCAAGCGCCUUGGAUCCGGAGUACAAGCGUGAGCUGCAACGGCGUGGACUGACCCGGCUGAAUGUCCCAGUCAAAGUGGUGGGCUGCUUCGACACCGUGGGCUCACUGGGCACGCCGAAAUUGGGCUGGCUCACACGGAUUGGUCUCCAGUCGAGACAGAUGAAGGAGCUAUCCUUCUACGAUACCUCACUGUCGAACGCGAUUGAAUAUGCCUUCCAAGCACUAUCACUAGAUGAACGCCGCUUCGCAUUUCCACCCACCUUAUGGGAGAAGCUCGAAGGCAACAACACAACCCUGCGCCAAGUUUGGUUCCCUGGAGCGCACAGUAACGUCGGUGGCGGCUACGACGACCAACAGAUAGCCACUAUCACUCUGGCAUGGAUGAUAGCACAAUGCCAACCAUUUUUGGAUUUUGACCUCGACUUUGUCCACGACGAAUGGGAGAAACUCGAAGACUACUACGAGAGAACGGACCAGAAACCACGCCCAUGGUCCUUUGGCAAAAUCUUCAGCGGCAUGGAAGGCUUCUACGCCUUGGGCGGGCAAAAGAUCCGCACACCAGGCCGAUAUUGUUAUACCGACCCGACAAACGGCAAGCCCACCGACGAUCCUUUACUGGACACCCAUGAAUACAUCCACCCCUCCGUCCGGUCCCGCCUCAAGCUCCGCGGCCCAGGACUGGACGACAAAGGCGCCUACGACUGCAGAGCGCUACGCGACUGGAAGCUCAUCGUCGAGAACGAAGAAGGUGCCAAGCGCCCAACCGUAUACUGGAAAGCUCGAGACAGACCUCUGGAAGGUUUCAUCAAGACUCUACCGGAGGCACCGCUAUGGCAGCUGGAAUUGGAACUGCUGCAUUAUGAUCCCGAGACCGAGACGUACGUCAAACAGCCUUCGGGCGUACGACAGCGGAAGAGGCAGAGAAAGAGUCGUGGUGGCAGUCGGCAUAGUAAUGGUGGCGUAUCGCCGGCUUCUUAUGGCACUUCGCCGCGAUAG